AUAGGCUGCAGAUGGCAUACACCCAGCUGAGGCAAGACCAGACUAAAAAGGAAAUACUACAAGAGAAGGGGUUGUGGAUUGGAAGAGAGAAAAAUGAAUUACAGAGAAAUACUCAGGAAGAAGGGGACGAAGAAGAAAUACCCUUGAGGAAUUUGAGAAGCAAGCCUAUGACUUUUCUCAAGGACAGGAAAAGAGGAGGGGAUCAAGCAGUGGAAAAGGAGGAGAAGGUAAAGAAGGAGGCAACAAUGGAGCAGGAGAAAGACCAAGGGAUGCUCCAACACGAUGAUCUGCCUGUGAACUCUUCUUGGGAUGUAAGGUUUGAGAGGAUGCUGCUCUCAGAGCUGGUGGUAAGUUUCAAGCACUCCACCAACAUGCACAAAUUGAUGGGACUGCAUGAGAUGUUGGAUGCGAAGUACACCAAACUUUUUGAGGAGUAUGCGGAAGUGGCAAGGAAACUGGGGGAGAUGGAGGGAGGAAGAGAUGAGAAGGAGACUGACGAGGAUUUGAGUGCGUUGGGAAAAGGGCUUCAGUCAGAGCUCAAAGAAAGUACUGAGCUCUUCACCCAAGGAUUUUUGGAUUAUAUCCCUGGGCUUUUGAGAGAAAGAAGCAGGUUGAGGAAAAAGGGGGAAGAAAGGGAUGCCCAGGUAGCAAGUUUGACAGAGGGUUUGAAAGGGGUGAAGAAGGAAAUGGAAGACUUGAAGAAAGGGAAGGAAGAAUUGUUAAAACAGGUAAGUGCAUUGGAGGUUUCCCUGGCCCAGAAGAGCAAGGAGUUGGAAGAUGAAGUGGCAGAGAGGGAGAAGAUAGAGAAGAAAGUUGAGGGUUUGUGUUCAGGAAUCAGUAAGCAGGGGGAAGAUUUAGAACAAGAGAUUAUAGAAAGGGAAAAGACGAGUCAGAUGUGGGAAAAGAGAUGGGAUGAGAUACUGAAAGGGAUGGAAGAGCUCAAACUGAGCCACCAGGAGAAAGAGAAGAAGACCACAAGAGUGACAGCAAGAGAAAGGAAGGAUCCUCUGUCAAGAAAGGAAGAGGAAAGGAAGGGUGAGCAGACUGAGGUUGGAAAGGGAAUAACCUCCAGCAAGAGUCCACAAGAAGAGCCAAGGAUUGAAGGGUCUCCUGCCUCAGAGGAAGAAAAAAGUAAAUGUUUGGCUUUGCCUCGGCAGGGGGGCAUCAAAAGGAAUGGGCAACCCGGAGUGGAAUCAUCAGAAGGGGCUGGGAGUCAGACAGAGACUUAAGCCCGGCCUCACGAAAAGAAGGUCAGGUACAACAAGGCCAGAAGUAAGUGUUUCUUUUGCACAAAAGAAGGACACUCCAGGGACGACUAUGCAGUGUUGGCAGAGUACAUUAAGAAAGGGAUGAUCAGUUUUGACUCACAAGGAAGGUUGGGAUGAAUCACAAGUCUGACUCACUGUAACAUACUUGUAUUUAUAUAUGUGUUCAAAGGGGGAAUGAGUUGGUGACCACAAAUACUUUUCACACUUGUGAGUGAAUCUUUGUCUAUGGUUUGAGUCUCUCUUUUGAGAAUGAGUAUCUCCUUUGUCUAUCACUAUGAACGGGCGGAUCAGUGUCUAUUGUACGAUCCGAUGGUGAAUUGAUUAUAUGCGCAUGCUUGAAGAACCAUACUACGAUAUGGGCAAACUCUUUUCAAUGAGUAAAAUUGUGGUGCAAUC